UGUCACUCAGUCUUUGUGAUGUGACCAGGCAGCACAACGAAUUGUAUGUUAGUUUAUUGAAUAAUAGCUUGGGAAGUCGGCAGAGCCUGUGCCACAAGCUCUUGGACAGCUGAGAUUGCUAUCUUAUGCAGGUCUUUUGGACUUUUCCUCCAUGGACACAAGACGAUAGCCAAAGCAUGAAGCAUUUUAUCUGUGCUCUUAUUUGAAGAAAAUGUCAAAGGAUUGGAACUUAGGGUAUGUGUGUUUUGAGGUAACACUUGCAUGUGAGUAAAAAUUUGAGCAGCAUAAAAGGCACUACAAGCUGGGCACAGUGGUGUGAACCACACCUAUAAUCCCAGCUUCUUGUGAGGUGGACGCAGGAGGAUCGUGGUCUGAGGCUGGUUGGGAUAGUGCAAGGCCCUAUCUGAAAAAUAACUAAACCUUAGUGGUCUGGGAGUGCGGCUCAAGUGGAGAGUGCUGGAGGCUCUGCAUUCAAACCCCAGUACCACCAAACGAAAAGGCAGUGCAGCAGCAUAUGGUUUCCUACCCUUGUGCCCCUCGCAGCAGCUACUGCAAUUGAAAGUUUCUGUUUCCUAAAGAUAGUUUGUGCAUCCUGAAAGGUGUGAUCUGGGGCCUCCCAAGACAAGGACACACCCUUCGGAUGUAACAGGGUUCAGUCCAAAGAGACUUCAAACUUUCAAGUAACCAGCAGCAUUUUAAAUUAUGUCAGAGGUAGGAAAUGGAGAUCUUGGUUUUCAUUUGUUCCAUUCCGUGUUCCUCAGGUGCUGGGAUCAAACCCAGAGCCUUCCAAGUGCUAGGUAUCCAUGUGUACAUACAUAUAUAAUUCUUAGCUCCAGUAUUGUUUGUGGUAACAAAUCAAGAAGCACCUGAAUACCCAUGAACAUAGGGAUGUUUGAAUAACUUUGAGAUUGGGUAUGAAGGUCCAGGCUAGCCUCCAAUUCGAGAUCCUCCUGCCUCAGCCUCCCAAGGGCCGGGAUUGCAGGCAUGUGCCACCACACUUGGCUUUUGAGUAAACUCUUAACCUCUCUGAGGAAUUACUGGUUUUCGUUUGUUUAUUUGUUUUCUGAGUGAUCUAUAUAUUUGGUGAUAGUGUCAAUUUAUUCCUUGGAUGAACUAUGCCUCAUAUAAAUUUAUUCUCGUGCAUCCAAAAGCAUUACUAGGGCUGGGAGCGUGGCUCAAGUGGUAGAGCUCCUGCCUAGUGAGCGUGAAGCCUUGAGUUCAAAGUCCAGGACCAGCCCGCACCCCAAAAACCUAAACAAAGCCAAACAAAGCCUCCCUAAGCAAAAAGCUGACAGGACAUCUGUCUGCCACGUCCUCCGCGUGAACGUCGUCCCGAUCCCGCCUCAGGGCCCCAUCCCCACCCGACGGCCUCCCAGGCUUUUCUUUUUUCUUUUUCUUUCUUGUUUUGCGGUCGUUGGUUCGACUCUGCAGCUGAACCACACCACCCUCCCCGGGCUUGGUUCUCGUCCUCAGCCACCACCCUUGCUCUCUGGGCUCCGCCCUCAUGCCACGCCCCCGGCGUUGGCCACGCCCCAACCCCGCCUUCCAGACUUGCUCUUGGUCUUUAUCCCGGCCUCCCAAUCCUCGCCUCGCCUAGACCACGCCCUACAGGCGCAGACCUCUAUCCCAGCCCCGCCCCAUCCUAGCCACGCCCCCGAGCCUUUUCCCGCCAAACCACGCCUUCCCACUCGGUGCUUCUCCCAGCCUGGCCUCCCGGCUGCUCCGGCUCCAGUCACACCACCCCAGGGUCGGUCGUAGACCCGAGGCCGCACCUCCGAGCCGGUCCCGGCCCUAGGCUAUCCGGGUAACGAGGCAAAGCCACUUCCCCGUGAAGGGAAAGUGGGGUUUCUCAGCCGGCUUCUGGACGUCGCGGCCACCUCAGCACCCUCAGGGAGCGUUCCCGCGUCGCUUUAACCGGAAGCGGAAGUGCGUGUCGGCGGGAUCAUGGCGACUCUGGUCGACCUGCCGGACUUGGUGCUACUGGAGAUCUUCUCUUACCUCCCGGUCCGGGACCGGAUCCGCAUCUCCAGGGUCUGUCACCGCUGGAAGAGGCUGGUGGACGACCGGUGGCUGUGGCGGCACGUCGACCUGACGCUCUACACGAUGCGGCCUAAAGUCAUGUGGCACCUCCUUCGGAGAUACAUGGCGACCCGACUACAUUCCCUGCGGAUGGGUGGCUACCUAUUCUCUGGCUCCCAGGCCCCCCAGCUGUCCCCUGCCCUGAUGAGAGCCCUGGGCCAGAAGUGCCCCAACUUGCGGCGCCUGUGCCUGCACGUGGCUGACCUGAGCAUGGUGCCCAUCACCAGCCUGCCCCGCACACUGAGGACGCUGGAACUGCACAGCUGCGAGAUCUCGAUGGCCUGGCUGCUCAAGGAGCAGGACCCCACCGUACUGCCGCUGCUCGAGUGCAUCGUGCUGGACCGUGUGCCCGCCUUCCGAGACGAGCACCUGCAGGGCCUCACGCGCUUCCGGGCCCUACGCUCGCUGGUGCUGGGUGGCACCUAUCGUGUCACCGAGACAGGGCUGGAUGCCAGCCUGCAGGAGCUGAGCUACUUGCAGCGGCUGGAGGUGCUGGGCUGCACCCUCUCGGCUGACAGCACCCUGCUGGCCAUCAGCCGCCACCUCCGAGAUGUCCGCAAAAUCCGACUGACCGUGGGGGGCCUCUCUGCCCCUGGCCUGGCUGCGCUGGAGGGAAUGCCGGCCCUGGAGAGUCUGUGCCUUCAGGGGCCCCUCAUCACCCCAGAAAUGCCGACUCCUGCCCAAAUCGUCGCCUCCUGCCUGUCUAUGCCCAAGCUCAAGGCGCUGGAGGUGCAGGGGCUGGGCUGGGAGGGCCAGGAGGCUGAGAGGGUCCUGUGUAAAGGGCUGCCCCACUGUAUGGUCAUCGUCAGGCCUUGCCCCAAAGAGUCCAUGGACUGGUGGAUGUGACAUGCCACCCAUCCCUGAGACCCAACCCGGCUUUCACAGUGGAGCCCCCGAAGGCUCCAAGCAGCAAAUGGAAGUGCAGAUGAUCGGGCUUGAGGGAACUGAAUGCAGCAAGGACUGAAAACCAGAGCCUUAACUGGGCACAGCGCCUCACGCUUGUAGUCCUAGCUACUUGGGAGACUGAGAUCAGGAGGAUCAGGGUUCAAGGCCAGCCCCGGCAAAUAGUUCAAGAGACCCCAUCUUCAGAAUAACC